CAAGACAAACAUCACUGUCCCACGCUUACGUACUCUCUCUCCGCCGGGAAAUCGUCUUUGGUUUUGAUCGUUUAAGUCUCCGGCGAUUUUAACGGAAUGGGUAACGGCGAUCUCCUCUCCGUCGAGCCACUAGAGCUUCAAUUUCCUCUUGAAUUGAGGAAGCAGAUCUCUUGCUCUCUAUACUUGACAAACAAGACCGACAAUUACGUGGCCUUCAAGGUUAAAACCACGAACCCUAAAAAGUAUUGUGUUAAGCCGAACACUGGAGUUGUUCUUCCGAGGUCCACGUGUGAAGUUGCAGUGACGAUGCAAGCCCAGAAGGAAGCUCCGGAAGAUAUGCAGUGCAAGGACAAGUUCUUGCUCCAAGGUGUAGUGGCAAAUCCCGGGGCCACGACAAAGGAUGUUACUCCAGAGAUGUUUAGCAAAGAGGCAGGGCAUCAGGUGGAGGAAACUAAGCUGAGAGUUAUUUAUGUCCCUCCACCUCGACCACCAUCACCAGUCCAAGAAGAAUGUUCUGAAGAAGGUUCUUCUCCAAGGGCUUCAGCUUCAGAUAACGAGAAUGCUUCUGAAUUCACUGUACCGAGAUCUAGCAUCGACAGGGUUGAGCCUCGAGAGAACUCAUCUGAGGCCAGAGCCCUCAUCACUAAGCUGACCGUAGAAAAGAAUUCUGCCCUUCAACUGAACAAGAAUCUUCAACAAGAACUGGAGCUUCUGAGGCGCCAAAGCAAGAGAAGUCACGGUGGUGGUAUCUCGGUGAAGUAUGUUCUUCUGGUUGGACUAAUCGGUAUAAUCUUGGGAUAUCUUUUGAAGAGGACAUGACGCCGCCUGAGUUAGUUCAUCAGUUGAAGCUCUCACCCGUGAAAUCUGAAAUGUUAAAAGAAGAAGAAGCUUCAGAUCCAUCAGCGGUUAACUACCAGAGUUGGGAAUUCAGUAGAACAUUAUCUCUUGUGUUGUCGUUCACUUUUUGUUUGUUUGUAGAAUCUGUACUUGUUGUUUUCCAUUUGUGAUCCGAUGACUUAUUUCUUUCUGGGAAACCGAUUGUUUUAGAACUGACAUUACAGUUCGUGUUUUGUAUUUGUGAGUAGAGAUUAUAAUU